AUGGACCGACUGAUUGAAAACAUCCCCGACAUGGGUUUUGAUAUAUGGUGUGACGACAGCUUUCUGACCCUGACCGGGCCCCCCGAUGCACCACUACCGCCGCAGCCUCAUGAAAAUCCGCAAGGGGCUAUGGUCUACUGGGACAACCGGCCAUUAGAAGUCAAUGGCCAAGCAUGGGUCUUGAUGCCAGUUCCUAAGUGUGAUGAAGACUUGCAAGCCUUCCAUAUGGACGGAGGGCACCGCGAAAUUAUCGUCUUAUGUCCCAAGAUGUUCGAACACUACCUUGACUUGGGAGACUAUCAAAUCGAUAUGACAUCCCGCCCCCCGACGUUCUCCAGAGGCAUACACAUUGACAGUUUUGCUACUUCGUUGAUGUUUGUCCUGGUCCAUGAAGUAUCGCACUGUGACUACUUCCUUCAGGGCCUUGCGACCAGUGAUAUCCCAGCAGAUGCCGACGGUUAUGGCUGGCAGGAGGCAGUCCGCCAUGCCGACAACAACCAUCUGUAUGCAUUGGAAAAUGCUGCCAUGUUUCUGUCCAACAACGACUGGAGCACCGGGCUGAGCGAUGAUAUGUUUGCAGAUGCUCCUGCCCGUGAAUUUCCUCCAAGCGAGUGGGAAAGGCGUGUAACAGCCACUGUGAAGCAGUAUAAUAAUACCAGCAUAGAUAGAGAUGCCGCCGUCUUCAACAUUUUGUUCCUCUUCUUCCGCGAUCACACACCAGACGAUGAGUCCUGGCUGGAGGCUUACUCCUUUGCUUUCUCGGCGCUACCAAUACAAGAACAAAGGAUUCCCGGCGUCGCAACUCGUUUUGCAGCCAGGAGAUCGAUUUUCGUAUUUGGUACCCUCACUGAGUCAACACCAUCGGCAACAGAAGCAUUAUAUCACCCAGAGUCGGAUGUCGAGGACCUGGAAGGGUAUAGGCCCGGCGGUUACCAUCCAACCCUCGCUGGCGACAGCUUCUGCGAUGGGCGCUACGCUGUAGUCCACAAGCAUCGUUCUGGUGGCUAUUCCACAAUCUGGCUUGCCCGAGACCAGCAGCUUCAACGCUAUGUGUCACUGAAGAUACUGGUUGCAGGAGCUUCACAGGACACACAUGAGAGCAAAAUUCUCCAGCUGCUCUCAAAGGGCAACCUGAAUGGUCCGGGAAAGCAAUUCAUACCCUCACUGCUGCACCAGUUCUCAUUUGAUGGCCCCAAUGGACAUCACCAGUGCUUGGUCGGAGUUCCUACUGGCUGCAGUGUAGCCAGUUCCAAGGAAAACAGUACAAACUUCAUGUUUCCCCCUGAUGCCGCCAGAUCUCUGGCCGCACAGCUCAUUAUGGGUGUGGCUUAUUUGCAUUCAAAUGAUGUGUGCCAUAGAGAGGCUGGUGGAACAGAAGAGAGCGCCUUGACUAGUUAA